AUGCAUGCAAUAGCUGUAGAUGAGGAGAUUGAGGUGGCACCUGAGGCUGCCCCAGAACCUGAACCAGAGCCUGAGCCAGUGGCUGAACCUGAUCCUGAGCCAGAACCUGAGCCUAUAGAAUAUGAAAAGCCAAAGUUCAAGCCAUCAGGACCCAAGAUCCCAGAUGGUGAGAAAGUGGACUUUGAUGACAUCCAGAAGAAACGUCAAAACAAGGAUCUGAUUGAGCUCCAGACCCUCAUCGAUGCUCACUUUGAGGACAGGAAGAAGGAAGAGGAGGAGCUCAUCGCCCUCAAGGAUAGAAUUGAGAAGCGCAGAAAUGAGAGGGCAGAUCAGCAGAGGGUCCGGGCUGAAAAAGACAAGGAGCGCCAGGCGAGACGAGAGGAGGAGAGGCUGAGGAAAGAGGAGGCAGAUGCUAAGAAGAGGGCAGAUGAAGAUGCCAAGAAGAAGUCAGCUCUGUCCAGCAAGGGCUCCAACAACAGCAGCUAUCUACAGAAGGCUGACUCCAAGAGAGGUGGCAAAAAACAGACAGAAAGAGAGAAGAAGAAAAAGAUCCUGGCUGAUAGGCGCAAGCCACUCAACAUUGACCAUCUCAGUGAGGACAAACUCAAGGAAAAGGCAAAGGAGUUAUUUGAAUGGUUGAAGAACUUGGAGUCAGAGAAGUUUGACCACAUUGAGAGGCUGAAGAAACAGAAAUAUGAGGUUACCACAUUGCGCAAGAGAGUGGAGGAGCUGAGCAAAUUCAGCAAGAAAGGUGCCGCCGCUCGUCGCAGAAAGUAGAUGACCAAUACCACCACAAAUAUGAUGGACAAGAAUUACAGUCAUCGUUACAUUACUAUCGGUGUUGCUUACACUCAGAACUCAGUAGCUGCUGUUGGUCAAAGAUCAACUGACUCUUUCUCAUCUUGAACUUUUAUUAUUUGGUUCCAAUGUAUGCCAUGUAAAUAAAGUGUGACUAUAAAGCCUUUAUCAGUAGAUCUGUUCUUAUUCAAAUAUCAAUAAAAUCCAUGUUUUUAGAAAUGUCAUCCAAGAUCAUUUUGUUCAAAAUUGUCAGCAUUCAA